AGAAACAGUGCGGUUACCCAGCCUGCAUUUCCACACCACUGUAAGUAUUUUAUUAUUGUGAAAGGCUUUUGACAAACAUAAUUUGGGAGGAAAGAAUUGGAACAGGCUGUUAUGCUUGCACAAAUUGUGUACAAAGUUUAUAGUUUCAUUCAUUGUAUGCCACCGCUCAAAGGGGACAGUUGCUCAAAUGAAGGUCUACUGAGGAAUCAUGGGAGUGUUUGAAGUCUCUGUCAUCUUUCUACUGUCUCUCGUCACAAUGACUUCAGCAGAACCGCCUGGAUGCAAGAUACGUAUUACAGCCAGAGGACUGGAGAUGUUGAAGUACCAGACGAAGAAGUUUGUAGAAGAAGAGUUGAGUAACAUCAGUAUCCCAGAGAUGAGUGGAGCCGAGGGCCGUUUCCAAUACACCAUCAAAGAUGUGAAGAUAACCAAGUUGGACCUGAAUUCUGACCUGCGCUUCCAGCCUGAUGUUGGGCUGAUCUUCGAGGUCCAGAACUCCUCCAUCACCCUAAACUUCCAGAGACGCAUCCUUUACUGGCUCUUUUAUGAUGAAGGAGCGAUCAAUGCCUCAGCAGAAGGUGUUAACAUCUUCACAGCUCUCCAUCUCAGCCGAGACCAGGAGGGCCGUCUGAAGAUCUCCAACAUCACUUGUGACGCGACCAUUGCCAAGAUGAGGGCAAGAUUUAGCGGGACCCUUGGGAGGGUUUAUGACUUCAUCGCAACGUUCCUGACUACAGGAAUGCGCUUCAUCUUAAAUAAACAGAUUUGUCCUGCCUUGGAUCACGCAGCACUGGUUUUGGUUAAUCAAUUCCUGGAAACAAUCCCAGUGCGCUCAGAUGUGGACAAUUACGUUGGAAUCGAUUACUCACUGUUGAGUGACCCUGUGGUGACAGAAAGUAGUCUUGAUAUGGAUUUUAGGGGCAUGUUUUACUAUCUUAAAAACGAGAGCGAUACACUGGUGAACUACGCAGUGAAUCCUGUCGUGAGAGAGUAUGACCGUAUGAUCUAUCUAGCACUGUCAGAGUACUUCUUCGACAGUGGACUCUACUCUUACUACAAAGGUGGACUGUUCCAGAUGCAGAUAGCAAACGAACGGAUGUCAAAGGAUUUGGAGAUGCUCCUCAGGACUACCUACUUUGGCACAAUCAUGAUUCUGGACCCGGCUCUAAUCGAGCAUCCUAUGUCACUGGAGUUUGAAGUCACCGCUCCCCCUCGAUCCACCAUCAAGACAUCUGGUGCCAGCGUGGCCGUCAACACUAAUGUCAAAAUUUUGGUUCUCCCGCCUGGAAAAGCACCAGUCCAGCUCAGCAGCAUGACCAUGGAAGCCAAAUUCAAUGCGAAAGUGUCCAUGAAGGGCAAGCGCCUGGCCAUCCAUUUAGAUCUGAGGAGGUUCAAAAUCUUCUCCAAUCAAUCCGCUUUGGAGUCUUUAGCUCUGAUUCCUCUACAAGGUCCCCUGAAGACCAUGUUGCAGAUAUCUGUGGUUCCACUCAUUAACAAUUACACUAAGCGAGGUGUACAGAUCCCUCUACCGGAUGGGAUAGACUUCAAUGAAGAGGUGGUCGAGUAUCACAAUGGGUACAUCAUCGUGGGGGCCAAUAUACAUUUCAUAACAGGUCUGAGAGAAAUAAUCGAGAGAAGACUUUCAGGUUACACAGACAAUGCAAUUUAACAAGAGAGAAAAAGCCACACAAACGUUAACGCAUGUAUUCACAACACUUACGGACAAAUAUCGAAAUGGGUAGCAAUAGAUUCACCGUCUGAAAGGAAUGAACGAACCUUCUGACAAAAGCAUGAUUUCCUCUGAAAUGCGUCACAUUAAGGAAAUAAAAUGGGUUGUGAAUGCAAUUUCAUGUUGACUUUAAAAUGAUAUGUAUUACUGUUGUAUUGAGUGUGCACUUAGAUGUAUAAAACAAAAUGUUUUUGAAUAGAGUUUUUUUGUACAAUUUGUUGAUCUUAAGUUAAAUAUUGUAUGUUAUGAAAGUAGUGUCCGACUCACUCAAAACUGAAAUAUUUGUACCUCUUUAAAAAAAUUCAAUUUAAAA